AUGGCGCGAAUUGAAGACGACGACGACGCAGAAGACGGAGACGACUUCCAAGGCGAAACCACAGCCGUCAAAGGCGAAUAUUCCUGGCCAGCACAAUCGUCGUCAGAUAGCAUGAGGACCGAAAUUGAUGUGACGACUCUCCUUGCGCAGCAUGCCCCUAGACAUCUCGAAUCCCCAGAGCCGUUCGAGGACGAUAUACUUCCUCAGAACUCGCCUCCUGAUCUUACACCCCACCAGAGCUCGCGGCCUGGAACGGAACAGAGACAGAGGGUGGCGAGUACCAUGGAGGAGAGAUUAAUGGUUAUGCCGCAAUUGCGCGAGUUGCCCUGGCGGGAGGGGAUUAGAGCCGGGGCGGAAAACGAGACGGGAGGAGAGUCGCGGCGGAAACAGAUUCGAUUUGGGUGCUUGCUGGCUACGAGAGGAGAGAUCCAGCAGAAUCCUUGUCUUAGUUGCGCCAAUGGUCGAGGGAAGUUCAGUGUUUGCGUCGCAUUAGAUGGGUUCUUCAAGGGAGCUUGUGCCAGUUGCCAAUUAAGCGGCCGGCCAAACCGCUGUAGUAUCAAGAAGAACGAAGGCGAGUUUUCUCUUGUUCAAGUGGGCGAAAUCGCAGAGAGCCCAACCCUCAACCCGCCUUUACCGGAAGAGCCCAGCUCCUUUGUAGAUCAUGGACACCCACCGGAAGCAAAACGAAGGAAAACAGACGCGGUUCCGGAAUGGGAAAGUGCAAGACCCCAAUGGGAGCAGGAACUGGGGGAGUCUCAUGCGAGGCAACAGAUGAACGAAAUAGUGCAAAGACCCUGGCCAACCGUCAACAACUCUCCAGCGUCCAUGCCGAUUCAGCAGGCGAUGAUGAACGGUAUGAAUGGCUCAGGAUCAAGGCCACCUGAAGGAGCCCAUCCGCCCCGUGAUUCUCUGGGGUGGGCAUCUGUAAAUCAACCAGUACCGAUGCCAGGACAGGCUUAUAGGAAUAGUGCCGAUGGUCAGAGCUUCCGAGUCCUUGCUGAGCAGGGGAGGAGAGAAGACACGGGAAAUGACGACGGGCUUACGUUAAUUGAUACCCUUCCCAAAAGUGCUAUCGGAAGACAGAAAUCCGUAGGCCAGCAUAACGACCGUACCGUACUAGUGAUGCGCAUUCCACAAGACAACAAGCCCAAAAACCUGGAUGUGGCCGUUUCCUUGGUAUACCAGCUAAGAGCCCUCCCAGAAUUUACAUCCCAUACCUUGGAGACAGUUGGUGCGUAUACGGCAUUACCGGCCAAUACUGCUCCCACACUCACGAGCCCGGAUACUCUGACACCUCCGCCUCUUCCUAUCUAUCCGCAGCUGGCUACGAAUAUGUUGCUACAAGCCGGCAUUGCUAAGGAACAGUCACUGGCCGAGCAGAAGCGCAAUGUGGAAAAGAUCAUCGGUUUUCAAUCGAUGGUCUGA